AUGUUAACAUUAUCCGAAAAAUUUAACGAACAAGAUAAUCGUUUUCAACAACAAUUUGAUGAAUGGACACCAUUUGAACAAAUUUAUGCAUCAGUUGAAUUAACAAAAAAAUUACAAUUAUCCUAUCGAUAUUUUCUUUCACAAUUAUUAUCAAAAACAAAUAAUCAACAAGAAAAUAACGAUAUGUUUCAUCAUACAGUUCAUCAAGCAAAUGCACCAGCUAUUCUUGCUUGUCUUCUAUCGGAUCCAUUAGAUAAAAUAAUUUCAACACUUCAACUUUAUUUACCGUUAGUUUCAAUGGCAACAACUAAUGAAAAAUUACUUGAUUCGUAUCGUGAUGUAUUAAUUUAUUUGGAUUCAAAAUUAGGUAAUACAUCAAAUUUUUCCUAUACAGAACAACAGCUAAUUAGUUUUUGUCAACAAAUUAAAUUUUUUAUUCAAGCAAAUCCAUGUUUACAAAAAUUUUUAGUUGAUUUACCACAAUUAAAUGCUUUAGCUUCAUCAACAAUAAUGAUUAAUAAAGGAAAUACAGAAGAGAAAUCAUUAUCAUCAUCUCCAUCAUCACAAAGACAUCAACCAUUACAACGUUAUCCAUCAAUUCGACUUCAUCAACAAACACCGCCGCCACCACCGUUAAUGAACUUUUCUUCUGAAGGUUCUCAUAAUUCUUCAUUAUGUCAACAAUUAAUACGUCAUGUAGCUAAUGAUAGUGGUGUUGAUCUAACUGAACCAAGUAUAACAAAUUCUGUACAAAAUAUUUUAUCAACACAUGAUUCGCAACAUACAGCUAUUGGUCGUUCUCAUUCCGAUAAUUUAGCAUUAAUUAAUGGACAAGAUAAUCAACAUAAUCAUAUAUAUGUUGGUAAAUCAGCAUCAUCGCCAACACCUGAACAAACAGCAUCAAGUCAUUCAUCACUUGUACCUUUAUCGGCUGUAUUAAGUGCACCAGCACAAUCAAUUCAUUCAUAUUAUUCUGAACUUCGUCAUCAAAGUUCAAAUUAUCGACAUCAACAAAUAAAAACACCAUUUCCAAUAAGUGACGAAGAAGAAGAAGAUUCUCAACGACAACAAAAUUCUAUACAAGCAAUACAAAAUUCAAUUGAUAAUUUUUCUUUAGAGGUUAAUACAGCAGAUAAUCGUAAUCGUUUAAAUCAUUAUCGAUCAUUCUGUGAUCGACAUACAAGAAAAUAUACAAAUAAUGCAAGAAAUAACACGGAAAUUGUAUCACCAUAUUUAGGUGUUGAUAGUAAUUCUGGUUCUAUAACUAAUAAAUUUCUACAACCAAAUAGUGGCAUGCGUGAUGUACCAAAAUGGUUAAAAACUCUUCGCUUACAUAAAUAUGCUUUUUUCUUUUCACAAAUGACAUAUGAUCAGAUGAUGAAUUUAACUUAUGAACAAUUGAAAGAAGGAAAAAUAACUGAUGGUGCAUGUACUAAAAUAUUAUUAAAUAUAAAAAAAUUAAAAGAAAGACAAACAUUAUUACAAAAAUGUCUUAUUGAUAUUGAUAAUGGACAAACUGAUAUAAAAACAGUUUUACAACAAUUAAAUGAAUUAAUGUUAACACCAAUACGUGUUAAACAAACUGAAAUGGUUAAUGAUAAUGAUGAAGAUCUACCAAAAUUAAUCAUGCAAGUACUUGAAAAAGUCUAUCAACAAUUAACAUGCAAUAAUUCUUCAACAAAUAUAUUAUCUGAAAUGUGCAAUAAUUUAGUUGGUUUAUUUGAUCGUUGUUAUAAACAUGAAGCUUUUUCAGCUGAUCAACGUCAUAUAUUAUUACAUUGGCGUGGUCCAUUAUGUAAUAAAUUACAAACAUCAGGCAAAAUUGAUUUUAAAUCUAUGCAAUCAUCAUCAUCAUUAAAUCGUCGUGUACAACUUAAACCACAAUCAAGUAUGGGAAAUAUAAAUACAACGCAAAUAUCACGACCAACUGUACGAAAUAUAAAAAGUACAUUUUCAUAUUUUUCAAAUUAUAAUACAAAUUCAAUACCAUUACCAAGACAACAUAAUUCGGAAUUAUCAAAUCAAAAUGGAAAUAAUAAUAAUAAUUCAACAGAAUUAAAUUUCAAUCGAUGUCCAACAAAAUCACCAACAUUAAUAUUUCCUAUAAAUGAUGAUUAUUAUAGUGAUUCAACAACAUUAGCAAAUCAUUUAUCAUUAACAUCAACACCAUCAUUACAAGAACAAUUAAUCAAUCAUCAAACAACACCAUUUUUAACUGAACGUACUGGUAAUGGUACUGGAAAUUUUCGACCAUCAUUUAAUUAUAUUAAAUCAACAACACAAAAUAAUAAUAAUAAUGGAACAUAUUUAGCUGCAAAUCAACAUCAAUUAUUGACACGAAAAAAAAGUAUUGAUCCAUAUGGUGAAGCAAAUCCAGAUGAUAAAACAAAAUUAUGUAAAACAUAUAGUGAUCCAAAUAGAAUUCGUUGUUAUAAUUCAUUACAAACAGGAAAUCUUCAAUCAACAACACAAACACAAAUAUCAUCUCAACAAACAACGUAUGGAAUGACAUUAACACCAUAUUCAUCACAAAAAUAUUUAGGACAUUCCCAAUCAAAAUCAACUCAUUCAAAUAAUUUAUUUGAUACACAAUUAAAUAAUGAAUUAUCUAUUCAAAAAUCUUAUUCAGAUACAAAUUCAUCUGUUUUCUAUGGAAAUGAUAAUAAUAAUUCAACAAAAAUAUUAUCAUCAUCAUCAUCAUCAAAUGAUAAUCAUAAUCAUGAUAUUGAACAUAGUUAUCAUCAACAACAUCAUGCUUCAGAAUUUGAAAGAUUCUAUCUUCGAGUUACUGAAAGUGCCAUGAACGAUGAUGCAUCAAUUGAUCGUAAAGAAGAUUCUUUGAAUAUUCAAAAUAUAAAAAGAUCUUCAAAUCAUUCAAUCGAUACUGAAUAA